CGACCUCGACCGAUUCCAUUUCAUCCGACUUAAAUGAUUUAAGUUUAAAUAACACUUCCACAUCACCUGCUUCGUCGCCGCCAUCUUCAUCUAAAGUUAAUCGUCUACCACAAUCUGGUCCAAUUACUGUCUUCAAAAGUAUCAGAUUAACAGAUCAGCUGUGUAUGGGAGGAUUUACUUAUCAAGUCAAAGAUACUUUGAAAGAUGAGAUCAGAUGGACAUGUAAAGAAAGACGUAAUAAAAAAUCACCUUGUCGUAAAGCGAUUAAUACAACAAAGAAUUCAGGAACUGAACAAAAUCCUAGUUAUUCAUUUGUCAGUUCAAAUUCAAUGGCACACAAUCAUCCGCCAGACGAAGAUAGUCAAGUAGUUUCAACGUUUAAAUCUAAAUUAAAACAAGUCGGUCAAGCAAAUCGUAGCGCACCACCCACUAAAUUAUACAAUCACCUUGCUACUGAAAUGAAGUUAAGUGAUAAACAGAUGGGAAUGCUGACAAGAUCUGACACCUUAAGUAAGUCUCGCGUUGUUUUUCUGUAACUAUAUUAUAAACUUGUCUCUUUCGUUUAGGGAAAACUG